AUGGCAGCUUUUGUAUUAACUGUGUCACAGGACGGAACCGGACACUACCGGACGGUGCAGGAAGCCAUUGAUGCCGUGCCACUCCGAAACUCUCGCCGGACGGUGAUCCGGGUGUCGCCGGGAAUCUAUAAACAGCCAGUGUACGUGGCCAAGACCAAGAAUUUCAUCACCCUCGUUGGUAUGAGCCCAGAGGACACUGUUCUCGCGUGGAACAACACUGCUACCAGAAUUGAACACCACCAAGGUUCUCGGGUGGUAGGGACUGGGACCUUUGGUUGUGGUAGCACCAUUGUGGAAGGGGAGGACUUUAUUGCUGAGAAUAUUACGUUUGAGAACUCUUCCCCUGAGGGCUCAGGGCAAGCAGUGGCAAUUAGAGUAACAGCAGAUCGAUGUGCAUUCUAUAAUUGCAGGUUCCUUGGAUGGCAGGACACACUGUAUUUACAUCGUGGCAAACAGUAUCUAAAAGAUUGUUAUAUUGAAGGAAGUGUGGACUUUAUUUUUGGUAAUAGCACUGCGCUUUUGGAGCAUUGUCAUAUCCACUGCAAGUCUGCAGGGUUCAUAACUGCACAGAGCAGAAACUCUCCACAGGAAACAACUGGUUAUGUAUUCUUGAGAUGUGUUAUCACAGGUAAUGGAGGAACUUCAUAUGCAUAUCUUGGAAGACCAUGGGGGCCUUUUGGAAGAGUGUUCUUUGCAUUCACUUAUAUGGAUCAAUGUAUAAAGCCUGUUGGCUGGAACAAUUGGGGGAAGAUUGAGAAUGAAAGAAGUGCUUGCUUUUAUGAAUACAGGUGUUUUGGACCGGGUUGCUGUCCAUCUGAACGGGUAAAAUGGGCUAGAGAAUUAAUGAAUGAAGAAGCAGAAAAGUUUCUGAUGCAUGGCUUCAUUGACCCAGAACCAAAGAGACCUUGGCUUGCUCAAAGAAUGGCCUUGAGGAUUCCAUAUUCUGCUUAGAAAUUGUUGAGGACAAUUGAUGAGAAUGUCCCUCACAGUUAAUCACGUAGCUUGUGUGCUUAAUGUCAUGUCUAUCAGCAUAAGAAAAUAUGCCAAAUUUGUAUAUCUAUAUCAAGGGCUUGUCAUGAAUAAAAAAUAUUACC